AUGUUUGGUGCUUUUACCAAUGACAUCUCUGACCCUGCGAAGUUUGCGGAAUGGGAGCCAAAAAUCAAGGCCUACCGGGAAGCCGUUGCCGCUGGAGUUCUUGAUGAGUUUAAAGCUCCUGAGUCACUGAUCCCCGGAGACAUUGACACUAAGGGCUACAAUGCUACAGUGCUCACGGCGAAGUUCUUAACUGCUGAUGAACUCGCUAUCGUUGAUACGCCUGGAUACAAACUCGUUGAAAAAUUGGCCAAGGGAGAACUUACUGCCGUCGAAACUUUCAAAGCGUUUGCCAAAGCAGGUACUCUUGCGCAUCAAGCACUCAAUUGUGCCAUGGAAUUGUUUCCUGAAUACGGACUCAAACGAGCCGAGGAGUUGGAUGCUUACUACGCCAAAACCGGUAAGACCGUGGGUCCAUUGCACGGACUGCCCAUUUCGUUGAAAGAGCAUUACAAUUUCGCAGGCCAUGUGACACACGCAGCUUAUGUCUCAUUGCUGGACAAUGUCACUCCUGAACACGCCUAUAACACCAAGAUCCUGGAAGACGCUGGUGCCGUGUUCUAUAUCCGCACCUCGGAACCCCAGUGCCUCAUGCAUCUGUGUUCCGGUAACAACAUCACUGGAAGAACUCGUAACCCUUACCGUUCGACUCUUACAACUGGUGGUUCUUCUAGUGGUGAAGGUGCCAUUGCUGCCAUGAAGGGAAGUGUUUUUGGCAUCGGUUCCGAUAUCGGUGGGUCUAUCAGAUGUCCAGCAGCUUUCUGUGGAGUCUGGGGUUUGCGUCCUUCCCAGAAGCGUAUCACUCUGAAAAACGUGACUUCUUGUUACACGGAAGGUGUGCAAGAAGCUGUUUAUGUCGUCCUUGGUCCUCUUGCUAGAUGUGCCGAGGAUCUCGAUCUGUGCAUGAAGGUUGUUCUUGGUGCAAAGCCAUGGGAACAUGAUGCUCUCUUGGUUCCUCUUCCCUGGAGAGAUGUUCCCUUUCCAGCUGCCACCAGUCUAACUGUUGCAAUUGCUUAUGACGAUGGAGUGGUUGCUCCUCAUCCACCAAUUUUGCGUGGACUUAAGGAGGCUGCCGCAAAGCUGGCUGCUGCUGGUGUAAAGGUUGUCGAGUGGAAGCCAAUCAGAACCUAUGAGAACGUCUGUGCUGUUGCCUCCAUGUACAAUGCCGAUGGAAAUAGCGCUCAAAGAGAGCUUCUUGCCGCUGCUGGUGAACCACUUUUCCCCCUCACCGAAGUGUGCCUUUCGUUUGGGUGUGGUGAUGCUGGAGUCUCCGGAAAGGAAGCCCAGAGACUGGCUGGAAUUCGUGACUCCACUCGCCAGGAGUUCCUGGAUGCAAUGAACGCUCAGGGAAUUGACUAUUUGCUUACUCCAACGUACAAUGGGGUUGCUGCCAAGCCAGACGUCCUCAAGUACUGGGGUUACACAUCCCUGUACAACGUGCUUGAUUACCCAAGUGUGAUAUUCCCAACAGGUCUUUACGUUGACCCUGCACUGGACCCAGUUGACACCAAGUUUGUUCCACGCAGUGACAUUGAGAAGUAUGAACACGCUCUUUACGACGAUCCCAAGGAGUUUGAAGGGGCGCCAAUUGCCUUGCAGCUCAUUGGUAGACGCUAUAAGGAUGAGGAGGUUGUGAAGGCUUCCAAGGUUGUCGCUGAGAUCAUUCAGGCAUGA